AUGCCUGCCAUGCAUCCGAUGAAACCUCUAGAGGAAUAUGAUAUAUCGCCAACUACCGGAUUUUUGCCCCCUGAGCCCCCGUUGAGACGUCUACCCGAUCCUUACUUUGCACCUUGGGAAUCCAUGAUGGAUGACUUUAACGGCUUGCUUUUAGCUGGAAAGCUAAGACGCAGUGUCGAGAAGAUGCCGAUGCUCGAUUAUCGUCGAUUGAAAACAACACCAGAGUAUCGUCGUGCAUUUCUUGUGCUGUGCAUGAUCUCGCAUGGUUACGUGUGGGGCAAGCACGAAAAGACAUCUGAGACAUUACCUGCGAACCUUGCCGUGCCAUGGACUGGUAUUGCAAAUCACCUGGGAUUAUGUCCUGUGGUAUGUAAUGCAGCUGUUGUCCUAUGGAAUUAUCGUUUAUUGGAUGAAGAUGGACCAAUCGACUUGAGCAACUUGGCAGCACUUGCAACCUAUUCGGGAUCGCUUGAUGAGUCGUGGUUCUACCUUGUGACCACUGCUAUUGAAAGUGCGGGAGCACCAAGCAUUACUGCAAUUGUAAAUGCCAUCAACCAUAUCCAUGAGAACAAUCAGGUGGCUCUUUUGAAUGACCUGGAAACAAUUCGAAACUCUUUAUCGACCAUGAACGACGUGUUACAGCGCAUGUACGAAAAGUGUGACCCUUACGUCUUUUAUUGGAAGAUCCGUCCUUAUUUGGCUGGUUGGGAAAACAUGGCAGAAGCAGGAUUGCCUUUUGGUCUGAUAUACGAAGGCGUUGACUCAUUGUGGGAUUCAGAGACUGAUGAGUAUGCCGAUAUGAGCCAUCUUUCGGAAGGAGAGCGAUUAUUACGCCAAUAUCGACGCUAUGCAGGUGGUAGUGCAGCACAAAGUAGCCUGAUUGCAACACUUGAUGUUGCACUAGGUGUCGCUCAUUAUCCCACGGGUGAGAAAAGUACAAAGACGGCGGCGGCAGGUACAACACCACCCAAUGACACUGGCAUUAAGGAUCGAUACAAAGGUUUGCCCACGCCUAAUCCAGCUGAUGAACUUCACCAAAACAAUGAUGAUGAUCAGCAGCCAUCCACACCUCAAAUUUACAAAAAGUCAUCGGCUCCACCUUUUGUGCGCACCAAUCGUAACGCAUUCCUUAGCGCUAUGCGUGCCUAUAUGCCAAGACCCCAUCGUGAGUUUUUGGAGGAUCUUGAAACAGCAUGCAACAUUCGCCCCUAUAUGAUGCAGCUUCAAGAACACAAGCACACAUUGACCGAUAAUGAAAAGGACUUGAUCAAGGUGUAUAAUGAAAUUUUGGGCUUGCUCAAAAACUUCCGCGAUAUCCACGUCCGCAUCGUUACCUUGUACAUUGUCAACCAAGCACGCAAGGGACCUAACAUUGCACAUGGCGGCUUUGCUAUCGACACGGGCGAUGUCAGCGAGCCUGUUGCUAAAAAGACAAAGGUGGAACACAAUGUCUUGUACCCACAAACAGCCCUUGAAACAGAACCCCAUAUUCGUGAAGGAUCCUUGUCGGCCAAGGUCAGUAAGAUCUUCCCUGAAUUAGGUCUUGCAAAGUAUGUGGAUCCAAAGACUGGUGUUGUACGUGGAACGGGUGGUACCAAUGUGCUUCCUUUCUUGAAACAAUCACGUGAUGAGACCGCUGAUGCCAAGAUUGAUAUAUCCUCCUCCUCUUCUUCUUCCUCCUCAAAGGCAGUUGCCUCUAAUGAAAUGGAAGAUCAAACAAGCACCUCUUCCAGUACCCUUGGUAAACGCCCUCGUAGAUCAUGGCGUGAUUGGUUCAGUGUGCGUUAA